AUGGAUUUCAUUCUCUCUUUGACGCAUUUUUGCGAGGUACAUGGCCCGACCUCGAUCAUUUGUUCGCAAGUCCUACCGUUCUCCUGUUCGCAAUGCUACCCCGAUCAUUCCGACUCCUCCCCCGAUGAUACCCCGGCGACUUCUCACGACACGGUCUCGUCCCAUGGCCUGCGCAAGGAAUUCAGCCCCUCGAAGCCGUCCGAGAAACCCGCCAAUGGGGGUUCCAAGUCACCGAAGAUCGAGGACCAUCCUUACUUCCUGAAGUCACAACCGAGUGCUUCCGAAUUCCAGAAACUAAGCCGUGUCGGAGGCGCUGACGGCGAUACUUGCGCCAGCUGCAGCCUGACCUUGCCGGAGGGUGUGAGCAAACAACUUCCCGCAGGCGCCCCGGGGACUCCAAAGGGUGAUGGCAAGGGUAAAAACAGCAGCCCCGUUUUGCGGUCGAGGGAACUGGUCUACUCCUGCGGCAGUAAUCAUUCCGAUUACAACGACAGCAUGCACGACUCGCAUACGCAUGCCUCGUUUUCGGAAUCCCUCCAUUCGUCGUCCGUUUCGUCCGACGCCUCUUGCCACUCGCAUAUUCUCACCUAUCUCUCGUUGCGAGGUCCCCCCAACCCCGCAGACUACGCCCUUCUUCGACGAUCGUCCAUCCGCACGCUGAGUUGCGAGCUCCUCCCCCGUGGUCUUUCCGCCGGUCCUUUGUGUUUUGGCGACUCGAACGCCGGUUACACGGUUGCCUAUAUCUUUCGCCUUCCCGACCCCCUGGCUCGCGGCAAACGGCGCAGCUAUGCGCUGGUUGCGCUGGCCGGUAAGGAUGCGGGUAAAGCGUUCCGUGCCUGUCCAGUGAUAUGGAGGGCAUUCGGUCGCAUUGCAUCUGGCAUCGUCAACUCGGCCGAGAAAUUCCAGGAGGAAGAAAAACGGCGCGAGGAACAGAACGGCAGCUCCAAUCGGAACGGAACACAUCCCUAUACUCCCGUUUCCUCUUUCCUCACCGGACGCACCGUCGAUCCCGAUGGACUUCGGCGUCCCGGCCAGGUUCGCGCACGAAACCUCUCGGAAAUCGUGGGCAACCAGUACAUUUUCGCGGAAAUACACGCACAUUUUGUUGCCCUUUUGCAACAGUUAGGUUCAAUGUUUGGAGCCGUCCCCAUUUCGGAGGAACGAUUUGUUUGCAGUACAGUUCGCGAAGACGAAGAUACACAACGAUCGCUUUUGUCGGGCGGCGAGAAGGGCCAUCCCAAAGAUCAGAAACUCCAGAAAUACGACGAUAACGAUCUUGGCAUGGCCAAGCUGGAUAUCUCAUCGGGACCGAAGCCCAUUCCUAUCGCCCCCCGUCGAUCAGUCAUCGCUUAA